CCGCAGCAUCACCCGCACAGCCGGAACGCCUGGACCGGGCUUCGCGCCCCACCGGGCACGUUUCCCCGCCCACCGCCGGCUGCCCGGAAGUGCCCCGCGCCGAGCUCCGCCCACACACUGCCGGCGGAGGGGAAGCCCCGCGCCCGCGGGAAACCGUCCUUUGAGACCGGGCUCGCUGGGGAAAAGCUGGCGUGCACCAGGCGCGUCUGGGGGCCCUUCUCCUGCAGCCCACUUACCUGAGAGGCCGCACUGCCGACAAGUGGCAUUGCCCUAGCCAGGUGAAGAUCUCUGAAGACCAUGACCAAGCAAAGAAUCUCUGUGAUUGGGGCUGGAGCCUCCGGGCUCUCUUCUAUCAAGUGCUGUCUGGAUGAAGACUUGGAACCUGUUUGCUUUGAAAGGACUGAUGACAUUGGUGGGCUCUGGAGGUAUCAGGAAAACCCUGAAGAAGGAAGAGCCAGUAUCUACAAAUCAGUGAUCAUCAACACUUCUAAGGAGAUGAUGUGCUUCAGUGACUACCCCGUCCCGGAUCAUUACCCUAACUUCAUGCACAAUUCCCAGAUCCUAGAGUACUUCAGGAUGUAUGCCAAGGACUUCGACCUUUUAAAGUAUAUCCAGUUCAAGACCACUGUGUGCAGUGUGAAGAAGCGGCCUGAUUUCUCUACUUCAGGACAAUGGGAGGUGGUCACCGAGUGUGACGGAAAAAAGGAGGUUGAUGUCUUUGAUGGAGUCAUGGUUUGCACUGGCCAUCACACUAACGCUCACUUGCCCCUGGAAAGCUUUCCAGGAAUUGAGAAGUUCAAAGGACAGUAUUUCCACAGUCGAGACUAUAAAAACCCCGAGGCAUUUGCUGGAAAAAGAGUCAUCAUAAUUGGCAUUGGGAAUUCCGGAGGGGAUCUGGCUGUAGAGAUCAGCCACACAGCCAAGCAGGUGUUCCUCAGCACCAGGAGAGGCGCGUGGAUCCUGAAUCGCGUAGCGGACCGUGGAUAUCCUUUUGAUGUGGCACACCUUUCUCGACUUCAGCAUCGUUUAUCAAAGAUAUGCGGUCAAGCAUUGACCAAUGCAUAUUUGGAAAAACGUCUGAAUCAAAGAUUUGAUCAUGAAAUGUUUGGCCUGAAGCCUAAACACAGAGCUCUGAGCCAGCAUCCAACGGUGAAUGACGAUCUGCCCAACCGCAUACUCUCUGGCUUGGUGAAGGUGAAGGGAAACGUGGAAGCAUUCUCAGAGACCGCUGCCGUAUUUGAGGAUGGCUCUAGGGAGGAUGACAUUGAUGCUGUUAUCUUUGCCACGGGCUACAGCUUCGCCUUUCCUUUUCUGGAAGAUUCUAUCAAAGUGGUCAAAAAUAAGAUAUCCCUAUAUAAAAAGGUCUUCCCUCCCAACCUAGAAAAGCCAACUCUUGCAAUCAUAGGCUUGAUUCAGCCCUUAGGAGCCAUUAUGCCGAUUGCAGAGCUCCAAGGACGCUGGGCCACUCAAGUAUUUAAAGGGCUAAAGAAAUUGCCCUCACAAAGUGAAAUGAUGGCAGAUAUAUCUAAGACUCAAGAGGAAAUGGCAAAAAGGUACGUGGAAAGCCAACGCCAUACCAUUCAGGGAGACUACAUUGAUAGCAUGGAAGAGAUUGCUGGUCUGCUGGGAGUCAGGCCUAGUCCACUGUCUCUGGCCUUCACUGACCCCAAGCUAGCAUUGCAGUUACUUUUGGGACCUUGUACUCCAGCCCAGUUUCGCCUACGGGGCCCUGGAAAGUGGGCUGGGGCUCGAAAGACCAUCCUUUCCACAGAUGACCGUAUCAGGAAGCCCAUGAAGACAAGGGUGAUGGACAAGAGUGAUUCCGCAGCGUCCGCGGUGGCCUUGGGCAGGUUCAUGCUGGCCCUCAUUCUCUUUGCGGUGAUCGUGGCUUAUUUUUAGACGUCCCAUUGUCAGUGCCCUGGCUUCCAGACCUAACAGAACUGAGCACGCUCACCCCCCUUUUGCUCAGAAAGCUACCUUUAUUUCUCUUUCAGAAGCAUUGAGCCUCUUUUCACCUUUUCCUACAAUGAAGUCCUGACUUCUCAUUUGUGCUGGUUCAUGCUCCUUCCUCUUGUAAUCUGUCACUCUUUCCUUCCAGUAAUUCCUGGACUGUGAGCUCAGGCUGUCUUUAGUCAUCUCUAUAUGAUGUCCUUAGCAGACAUGUGGCCUUGUUGAUCAUCAAAUAUUAUGGUGGGGAUCCUAAAUCAGCAUCUAAAAAAAUGGCUGACUUCAGGCUGGGGCUGUGGCUCAGUGGAACAGCGCUCGCCUGGCACGUGUGAGGCGCUGGGUGCAAUCCUCAGCACCAAAUAAAAAUAAAUAAAUAAAGGUCUCGGGUCCACCUACAACUAAAAAAAUUUUUUAAAAUGACUGACUUCAUGUAAUUCUUCUGAUAGGAUUUGAUUUUCUAUUUAAAAAGCUCAAUUUUUGUUUUUAAUAUUAAAACUGUACAUUUUCUGAGAGAGAAUAGAAAUAGUCGUUUGUCUGUGAUAGACAUACAGAUACAUAAGACAUCUUUUUUUACUCACUAUCCUAAAAACUGGCCACUUUUGCUCCUUACCCUAAGCAACAUGUCUUUAUUUUCUUAAUAAAGAAGUUACUUUCAAUUUUCUAA